AUGGCCUCUACUAGAAAGGAUGGUAACGAUAUCUACGCCGUGCUCCGCGGAGCUCUCUAUGACAGGAUCGGUCCUCUUUACAACAUCGUUGUAUGGCACUCUGAGCGCAAGGAGAAAGUCCGCCUGGACUACAAAUAUCUUCACUCUGGCGUAGCUUACCGCAUCGAAGCCACCCUCGAGGGUCACCAGCAAGGGCCCGGCAUUUCGGCUUCUGGUGGAUAUAAGAAAGUGCAGAGAUACCCGGUCGCGAUGGGGUAUCUGGUCGCAGCCGUGCAGGCUAGACGUGAGCGAGGAGAAGACCCGGGGGAAGUGACGAGUGGGGACUGUAAGGCGGCUAUGGCGUGGAUGAUGACAAGCACGGCCGAUCAGGCAUAUGCUCAGCUGCCAGAGGAAAGGGCAGAUACACAGUCGUUCGUGGGUGGGCUGAUCAAGGCGGCUCAACAGGCGUUGGAGGGGACAGAGGCUGAAGGAGCAGUAGUAGGGUCCGAGUAUGAGGAGGGUGGCAAGUUCAACAUCGGUAUACACUUCUGGUCUGCUUGCUAA